UGUAACGGAACAUUACUGCAUAAUAUUCAAAUGUUUGAAGUAUUUAAUGAUUCUAAAACAUUCGUCGACAUGAAAAUGAAAUACCUUCCUAACGAAACCGAAGUCAGCUUCAACAAGAAGAUGUCCGACUGGAAUUAUAAACCGACCAAAGAUCUUCUGACGGAGUUCGUCAAUGAAUAUUUUGUUAAAGAAGAUUCUGAAUUUGAAAAAUGGAUUCCCACUGAUUGGAUCCGUGAACCAAAAGUUUUGAAUAGUAUUAAGGAUGAAAAAUUAAAAAAUUGGACAAUCGAAAUAAAUGCAAUAUGGCUAAAUCUUGGUAGAAAGAUCAAAGAUGACGUACGCUUACAUCCAGAGUCCUAUUCAAUAAUUUAUUUGCCAAAUCCCAUUAUAAUACCAGGUGGUAGAUUCCGUGAAGUUUAUUAUUGGGAUUCGUUUUGGAUUAUUAGAGGGUUAUUGAUAUGUGAAAUGCAUACUACAGCGAAAGGAAUGAUUAGUAAUUAUAUCUCAAUGGUAAAAACGUUUGGACACGUUCCCAACGGAGGAAGAAUUUAUUAUAGUAAGCGGUCACAACCACCCAUGCUCAUACCUAUGGUAAAGAGUUAUUUAGAUUCUACAAAUGAUAUGCAAUUUGUAAUUGAUAACAUCAAUGAAUUGGAAGUGGAAUUCAAAUACUGGCUAACACAGCACAACGUGACAAUUCAUAAAAAUGGAAAACAUUACACGCUUGCAGUUUAUAAAGAUGAGUCCAUAGGACCACGACCCGAAUCAUACAGGGAAGACAUCACCAAUGCACAAUCCCUUACAACGGAAAGUGAAAGAGAAAGCUUUUACUCUGAGCUCAAGGCUGCAGCCGAAUCUGGUUGGGAUUUUUCGAGCCGUUGGUACAUCCUCAACGGAACGAAUAAAGGAAACCUCUUAAAUACAAAAACGAGGUCAAUCAUCCCGGUGGAGCUAAAUUCAAUAGUAUAUUGGAAUGCAAAAAUAUUGAGUGAUUUCUACCGAGAGAUGAAUAACACGGUUAAGGCAUCGAUAUAUGAAAAGAUAUCAUUGCAGUGGAUUGAUGCGGUGACAGCAGUAUUAUGGGACGAAGAGGUCGGCUCAUGGCUAGAUUUCGACUUGAUAAAUAAUGUAAAACGAAAUUUUUUUUACCCAACAAAUUUAUCACCAUUAUGGACUGAAUGUUAUGCAAAGAACAAUACCAAUUACCUUGUAACAAAGAUUCUCCAAUAUUUGAAUAAUGCAAAAAUACUGAAUUAUGUGGGGGGUAUACCUACUACGCUGAGGGAAUCUGGACAACAAUGGGAUUUCCCCAAUGCAUGGGCUCCUUUACAGUAUAUAACGGUGAUGGCGCUAGACAACACCGGCCAUAGAGACGCAAAAAUCUUGGCGUCCAAAAUUGCUUCCAAAUGGAUCUGUAACAAUUACCUUGCGUUCAAAAGAGAGAACGAAAUGUUUGAAAAAUAUCUAGUGAAUGCAACUGGAAAAGCAGGCUUAAGUAAUGGAGAGUACCCUAUUCAGACCGGAUUCGGAUGGACCAAUGGUGUAAUCCUGGAGCUUUUGCAGAAGUACGGAUUCACCGCAUCGUCCGAAAAGUGGAACAUAACAACACCAAUCUGCAGCGAUGACUAA